AUGGGUUUCCACGAUCCAGAUUUACUUGGACAAUUGAAAAGCAUUGGCGUGCCGAUAUGUUGCAUGCUGCAGAUCAAACGGCCCAACGAAGAAUUGAAUCGCAACAUAGAGGAAGAAAUAGUGGACAUUGACGAAAGCAAGAAAUUAGUUUUUUUCGAGAAAUAUACCGUGACUAAGAGCAAAUUGUAUAACUUUUGGACGACAGUGGAGAAACGAUUACAAGAAGCCGAAUUGUAUCCAGAAUAUCACGACAUUGGAUUCCUUAUAUUCUGUCCACCGCGAUAUUCGAAAACCUUGGAUAAGAAAGAAUACGAGGCCAACAAAAAAGACAUAUACAACAGAGUGUCGUACAUCCUGUACGAUUUUUACGAUCUUUACAGGCAACAUGGUAAUUAUUUGAAAAGUAUGAAGAUAGAAACGAGUAUUUUUGAUAAGAGAAUCGAGAAACCAAAUAUGAAAGUUUACAAAUCCUUUAUGGAUACGUUCAAUAUCUUUCUCCCGGAAUGUGUUUUACUUCCGUUGAUAAUGAUUGCAAUGUUAAUGCAAGUUGAAGAGACUGAGAAGAAAAUGAAGCAGAAUAUUAUGGAGAAAACGAGUGAUACAAGCGGUAUAAGCGAUAUAAAGAUCAAGGAAGAAUAUACAGAGAAAGAAGUGACGGUUGAGAUAACUAGGGAAUAUCUGAUAUCCUACAUCGAAGAAAAGUUAAAAACCCUCAACCUUAAAUACGGCCUCGAUGAAGAGAAUGACAAAGAUCAAAUCGAUUACACCGUAACCGAUAUCGAUCUAAUCCUUCACGGAAACAAGAUCCUCGAGGCUAUUGUCGGCAUCUCCGCGAUUCCUUUCUUGUCGAAACCGUCAGAUUUAAUCGACAAUAUUAUAUCCAUAUUACGGCAUCCGGUUAUAACGAAGGUCCAUGAGAAGAACAAGAUCACGGAGAAAAAAUUGAACAAUUAUUUUCAUCACAUAGAUAAUCUUCGUUAUUGCUUCGACUUAUCGAUAAACACGGAGAAAAUCAAACAUUACUUGCACAUAUUGAUGUUCGACAGAAUGUUGUUCGAUUCGAAAGUUAAAACAAAUAAGAGUAAAAUUUUGGAAAGAAUGAAGAAGGAGGAUGAUCCGAUAUACAUCCAAGAUUCGACAGUUACGAUAAAACGUUGCAAAUCUUUACCAAGCCUGUACUCAGAAUCCAUGUACAAAGUUUACUUUCUCAGCGAUGGUAACAUCGAUUAUGGGAAAGUGUUUCCACAAAUCGUCGAAUGCUCACCCCUGUUCGACCUGGUAGAUCCUCGAGAAUUGUUGGUUCCUGGUUAUUUGGAGGAGAACGUGUUCGCCACAAGACCGACUAACAACUAUCGUCUCGAAGAUUUCAACGAUGUCGAGCUAUUACCAGAAGUGAUUUUUCUUCAACUUGUUUACGAGUGUCUACUCGCUUUCGAUCACAUAGAAUUUCGAUACUUCGAACCCACGGACUCUCUGUUACUCCACUUCCAUAACAAAUGGAGGAUCAAUGAUGUGAGCGAGGAGGAAAGAAUUUCUAGUAUCCGUACUCCGUUACGAUUCGGUGAUUUCUGCAAAUACGUGGUGCCCGAGGAGCAGCAAUGGCUGCGCAAGGAAGAGGAACAGAACAGAUUGCAAACGACCAGGGAGAUGGAGAGAUUGAUGACGAAGAGCGCGAAGAUAUACGACGAGACUAUGUCCUUCCGCGAUGAGGAUUUCAUUCUACCUGGGACCUUGAAGGCGAAAUAUGAGAUCUACGAUCUUAAUAAGCAGAAAACCAAUAGAGAUUUAGUGUCCUAUUCCUCUACUACAAAGAGUGGGAAAAAGGAUUUGAAGAAAGAGAAAAAGAAAACCGAUAAAUUGUCCAGUCGAAGAAGUUUAAAAUCGACCGAUAACGAAUGGAUUUCGAUACAAGAUUCCGAAAAAGAAAAACAUUAUGAUUUUGUGGGCUAUGCUCUUUCAGAAUUACGUGUGCAAGUAUCGAAUCAAAAAAAGACAUUUUUUUCGGCCGAUGAUACUUUGGUACAAGUCAAUCUAGAGGAUUGGUUGUACAAGAGCAAACGUUUGUACAUUACUGUUACAGUGAAUGGAUACACUUUACGAUUAUCCCGUAGAAUCGAUAUUCAGGAAAAUAUCGAGAUACUUCACUUAACGAGUCGAUUAGGAAUCGUUGUUACGUUUCAAAUGUCACUAAAUUUCCCAGAUAUGACAAAUAAUCCUGAUUCCGAUUGGCAAGAUUCAAAAAUCGAAUACAGAAUCUCGUCACCCGCCGGUUUAUUCAUAGAACCUAUAAGUGCUGAUGGACCGGAAAAUCCGUAUUAUAUCAAACAAUCAUAUUUGCGAAAAGGAUACAUUGACUACAAAAACAAUCGUGAAAUCUGUAGAAAGUUUUUGAGAAAUGGAACUAUUUUAAAGUGUUUAGAUGAUGGAACAAUAAUUAUUUUUCGUUCUAACGGAGUGAUUGUAACUUGUACAUCUUUUGAGAAAAUUAAUAAUCAAAAUGAACAAGACCAAACCAACGGGAAAAACGGUACAGAUAUCAAAUCAAAAGAGCCAAAAAACCCAAAAGAAAAAAUUAAAAAGAAGUCAAAGUUUCGUUCGACCGAGGAAGAAUCAGAAGAGAAAACGACGGAGUCUGAGGCGCAAAUGACAUCAAAGUCGGUCAAAGUGUCACGAUACACAGUCCUGAAUCACGAUGGCGAACAGUACGAGGUGCACAACGACUUGGUCGUAAGUGACCACCAUCGAUUACUGGUGAGAAUGGUAUCGGACUACGAGGUCGACGAGAAAUUCACGCGUCGCGCUGAUGGUACCAACAUGUUGCUGAAUUCCAAUGGAGAAUUGAUUGUCAGAUUUCCAGGUAUGUUUCAGCAUGCUUGCCACUUUGCGGAACGGAUUCCAAUUUCUGCACCCUAUUGUACGAUUUCAAUGAGAUCGGAAUUUGUAAGCCACGUGGAAAAUCAAUGCUCGAUGAACGAAGAUGACAAUUUACUUUAG